AUGCCCGAGCCAGAACAACAAGCGCAUGAAUCUACGCCGCUACUGCGAGAAAUAGAGGAGGAUUUCCGGUCCAUGCUUCGGGAGGAGGGCUCUAGUGAGAGUAUUUGGCAGCUAUUUAAAGACAAACCGGCCACAAUGGUACUUAUUUUGUCUCUAUUUUCCUUGAUCUUUCUUGCCGCCAAGAGUUUGGAGUCUUUUAGCCCAGCGCAUUAUGUGGACGCGGUCUCAUACAAGCUGGUUUCAGCCAAAAUACUUCAAUUGGAUGAGGAUAUUUCCAUGGCAGUAAGCGCAUGGACGAAAAUGGACUAUACGCUGGUGGAUGGUCCCGCUGCAUGGCCUGUUGAGGUCAUGGCGGGAUUUGUUGGGGAUAUAUCCGCAGAAAUUAUUGGACCAUUAGAGAUUUCGGUGCAAAAUGCAUCCAAAACCUCUCAUCUGGCAUCCGUAGCGGUUCCAGGUCUCUUUGUUGUGGACGUGUCAAAUCUUGCCGAGACGGAGAUUGAUAUGACCUGCAGCAUCUCAAAUAUCGGCAGGCCCGAUUUGCUUCAAAAGCUUUCAAUGGAUUUGAUGAGCGGCAAAGAGUUAAUUUUUGUCAUUAAUGCUCUUGUGAGGAUAAGGAAGUGGGGGUUUGUGUUUUCAGCUCCUGUGUCUGUUGACGUGCCUUUGCGAUUCGACGAGGCGCAUGGAGAACUUGGGCAUCUUGCAGGCAUUGAGGUCGGCAGAAAUGCAGACAAUAGUCUACAAGUUGACAUGACUGCAGAAGUUGCGUUUGCAACCAUUGUUGAAGCCGAGAUCCCAAGCUUGGCCUGGUCCGUGAAGAUGAAUGGCUGCGACCACAAGCCAAAAGUUGCAAUUGACAGAGCGACAACAGAGUGUGUCAUGUUGCAGACCGAUGAGCCGUCAUUCAACGUCAGUAUGAGCAUGGCAUUGAGCGAGCUGCCUGAGAAUCUCACUAAACCAUGUGACGGCAAAAAAUCAGCGUUGGAUGCAUGGCUAUCUAGAUACCUGGCUGGAGAAUCAAACGAGCUUUUUGUUGAGGGCUCCUCGGAUAUCCCCAUCUUGAACUCAUUGAUCCACGGCUAUAAUCUGCCAGUAACUCUUUCUGGAAAGCCACUCGACGACAAGCUAAUAAAGCAAAUCGAGGUCAACAACUUUGAGAUCACAUAUGGAAAUGUGAACGAAGCACUCAUCACAGCAAACGUUAUUGUCCACAUAAAGAUGCCCGACAUAAUUCAUCUCAAACGGGAUAUUUUGGUGGCAGUGAACUCUGUCAAGGGCCCUAUUUAUUUAUUUGAUGAUGGUGUGCGAAUGGGUCAGGUCUAUAUCGAAGAAUGGACACCGACCGUAACGGUUCCUCAAGAUGACGGGUUCAAGAUCACUCUGUACCUAGACAGAGCGCCCUUUGAGGUAGAAAAUGCCAGCCAGUUUGCAAAGUUCACACGCACUCUGCUGAUAGUAGGGCAUGCCCCAGUUGCAUACCAAACACUCCUUGAUUUAUCUAUUCAAAGCCCCAUUGGAGACAUGGCCUUGCAAGGGAUGUAUUUCCAAGGUAAGACUGAGGUUUAUAAGUGA